CACGUGCUACCUACCACAUCUGAAAGGCUAGUGUAGCCUCGCUGGAGCUCCCUGUGCUCAUGAGGGCCCUGAGAUGCCUCCAGGACUGCGAGGCCCACACCUGACACUAGAGCUGAGGUCUCACACAAAUCACAUUUCAGCUCUUUGCAUUUAAAAAAAGACCCCUUGUCUUUGCCACAUAAAACAUUCCUGCUGAAAAUGAUGCAACCUGUAGGAUGUUUUACAUUACACGUGAGUGACAGAGCUUGCCAGAUUCCAAGUCCAAGUGCUUUUGGGUCUGCACUGUAUGCUGCUAAAAAAAGUGAACAAGAGCUAAAGGAUGAAGAAAUGGAGUUGUUUACAAAAUACUACAUGGAAUGGAAAGGAGGAAGAAAAAGCGUUAAUACAUCCUACAUGAAUAUACCACGGUUUUAUUACAGGCUACCGGCUGAGGAUGAAGUCUUGCUGCAGAAAUUAAGAGAAGAAUCUAGAGCAGUCUUUCUACAGAGAAAAAGUAGAGAGCUGUUAGAUAAUGAAGAGCUGCAGAAUUUGUGGUUUCUGCUGGACAAACAUCAGACACCACCUCUGAUUGGGGAGGAAGCAAUGAUCAAUUAUGAGAGCUUCUUGAAAGUUGGUGAGAAAGCUGGACCCAAAUGCAAGCAGUUCUUUACAGCGAAAGUCUUUGCUAAAUUACUCCACAAUGACCCCUAUGGAAGGAUAUCUAUCAUGCAGUUCUUCAAUUAUGUGAUGAGAAAAGUAUGGCUUCACCAGACAAGAAUAGGCCUCAGUUUAUAUGAUGUGGCAGGACAGGGUUACCUCAGAGAAUCGGAUUUAGAAAAUUAUAUUUUGGAACUUAUCCCUACUUUGCCACAGUUGGAUGGUUUAGAAAAAUCAUUUUACUCAUUCUAUGUCUGCACUGCGGUUAGAAAGUUCUUCUUCUUUUUAGACCCUCUCAGAACAGGCAAGAUAAAGAUACAAGAUAUUUUAGCUUGCAGCUUUCUGGAUGAUUUAUUGGAGUUAAGGGAUGAAGAACUUUCUAAAGAAAGUCAAGAAACAAAUUGGUUUUCUGCUCCAUCUGCAUUGAGGGUUUAUGGCCAGUAUUUAAAUCUUGACAAAGAUCACAAUGGUAUGCUCAGCAAAGAGGAACUGUCCCGCUAUGGAACAGGGACUCUGACCAACAUAUUUUUAGAUCGUGUCUUCCAGGAAUGCCUGACUUAUGAUGGAGAAAUGGACUAUAAGACCUACCUGGACUUUGUGCUUGCAUUAGAAAACAGAAAGGAACCUGCAGCUCUACAAUAUAUUUUCAAACUGCUUGAUAUAGAGAACAAAGGGUACCUGAAUGUUUUUUCCCUGAAUUAUUUCUUUAGGGCUAUUCAGGAACAAAUGAAAAUCCAUGGACAAGAACCAGUUUCUUUUCAAGAUGUCAAGGAUGAAAUCUUUGAUAUGGUGAAGCCUAAGGAUCCGUACAAGAUCUCCCUUCAAGACUUAAUCAACAGUAGCCAAGGAGACACUGUUACUAGCAUUCUAAUUGAUCUGAAUGGCUUCUGGACCUAUGAGAACAGAGAGGUUCUUGUAGCAAGUGAUAAUGACAAUACUACAGAUAUUGACGACACAUAACAGGAAUACACUGUACUCAUGGAGAUGUGCCUAAAUAUGCACAAACUCUGAAGCUGCAGGCCUAUUUAUUAUCCAAAUAAGACACUGCCAUCUUCCCCCAGAUGUGUGGUAUUAAAACUUUGUAUAGGGAUUGUCAAAUUGACAAAUGGUGAAGCCAAAAUAGCUACAGUGCUAUUUAAGAGGCAACAGUGGUUUGGAUUUUAGUAAGCUGAAAAGAUUGUUUGGAAUCUUUCUUCAGCCUACAGUAGCAAGUAACAUUUCUUUCAACAUUUUGUUCUAGGACGUAUAUUAAAACCUGCAGAAUAGUAAGGAUGGGAUUUCCAAAAAUGCCCAGGGUUGGCCUGUUUCUGCUGAAGCCAGUAGGAAUCUUGGGAUUGAUCUAACACCGCUGUAUUUGAUGUCAGAGUUUUUAAACCUGUCAGAUGUAGUGUUCACUAGCAACUAAGUGUUAAGCAUGUUAUGUAUGUAGUAUGAACUGUUUCCUCCUCCUGCAUUAUUCAACUAUAGAUGAAGGUUUUGUAUAAAUAAAAAUUUGAAUUAUUUUAGUAGGAGGGAGAAUAAGUAAUUAACUGUGAUUGACAAGCAGAGUUUAAUACCCACACUAGCAUCUGUGGUAGACACACAAAGUACUGAAUGGCAUAAGUGAACUGUCUUGUCUGUAUGAAGAACAUGCACUGGUUUAACCUGAAUGUUUCAAAACAAUAUUAGUGCAUCUACAGAGGUGUUUGCAGCAAUUUAAAGAGUCUAUUGUUACUUAGCUUAAGUCUAUUCAGAAAUUUAUUUAAGCUACGUGCAAGUAUUUACAGCAGGGUUUUCACUGGUUUAAUUAAAAUCAUACCACUAGUCAAACU